CGCGCGCUCCUCGAGCCGUCGCCUCCCGGCUCGAACCCUAGCGGCGGCGAUGGCGGCGGCGGCGGCGGCGGCGGCGGCGGCAGAGGCUACACCCCGCUGGAGCAGCAGGUCGUGGACCUCAAGGCCCGCCAUCCGGACGUCCUCCUCAUGGUCGAGGUGGGCUACCGCUUCCGCUUCUUCGGCGAGGACGCCGCCGUCGCCGCCUCCGUCCUCGGCAUCGUCGCCCACCCCGACCGCAGCUUCCUCACCGCCAGCGUCCCCACGUUCCGCCUGGGGUUCCACGUCCGCCGCCUCGUCGACGCGGGCCACAAGGUCGGCGUCGUCCGCCAGACCGAGACCGCGGCGAUCAAGGCGGCGGCGGCCGCGCGCGGCGGGGGCGGCGCGGCCCCUUUCGCGCGCGAGCUGUCGGCGGUGUACACGCGCGCCACCAUCGAGGCCGGGGCUGGGGAACUGGAGGGCGGCGGCGCGCCGGAAGAGGGGAGCAGGUACCUCGUGUGCGUGGUGGACAAGGAGGUGGAUGCCGUGGGGAGGGAGGGGUUCGAGGUGAAGGUUGGGGUGGUGGCCAUCGAGGUGUCCACAGGCGAGGUCGUGCACGGGGAGUUCAUGGACGGCGCAGCCAGGAGCGGGCUUGAGGCCGUGCUGCUUGGCCUGGCGCCCGUUGAGGUCAUACUCGGCACCCCUCUCUCGUUCCCUACUGAAAAGCUGAUGAGGGCAUAUGCGGGACCUGCCUCUAAUGUCCGGGUUGAGUGCACUUCGCGUGAUUGUUUCAGCGAGGGCGGCGCUUUAGCAGAACUGAUGUCUUUGUUUGAGAAAUCGGAGGUCAAUUCGCCAACCAUUGGAAACGAUAAACAGAUGGAAAUAAAUGAAGAGGACAACAAUCUUCGUGGGAUGGAGGGUGUCAUGGCUAUGCCAGAGCUAGUUGCCCAAGCAAUGGCAUUGAGCGUUCGCUAUUUGAAGGGUUUUGGUAUGGAGAGGUUAAUCUGCUUUGGUUCUUUGUUCCGGCCAUUUACUGCUAAUACUGAAAUGUCUCUAUCAGCAAACGCUCUUCAGCAGCUCGAGGUAUUAAAGAACAACUCAGAUGGUUCAAUAGAAGGGUCCCUGUUCCAAACUAUGAACAACACAUGUACAGCUUUUGGAUCUAGGCUGUUUAGACACUGGUGGGUCAUUAAUGUUACCUAUUGUGUGUGUCUGCAGCUACCAGUAGAUAGAAGGGUGCCUUCAAAUUGGAUGAAAGUAAAUAGCACCAAAAAAACUAUUAGAUACCACACUCCUGAAGUAUUGAAGAACUUGGACAACUUAUUACUGGCUAAAGAAGAACUAGCAGUUAUCUGCAGGAAAACAUGGCACAAAUUCCUUAUGGAUUUUGGCAAAUAUUAUGCGCAGUUUCAAGCAUCUGUGGAAUCUCUUGCAGCUCUUGACUGCUUAUACUCUCUUGCCACUCUUGCAAAACAAAAUAAUUAUGUACAACCUAAUUUUGUUCCUGAAAAUGAAGCAAGUCAGAUCCACAUCAAAGAUGGCCGCCAUCCGGUUCUGGAGUCUCUACUUGGAGACAAUUUCGUUCCAAAUGAUACAAACCUUCAUGCAGAUGGGCAGUACUGCCAGAUUGUUACAGGACCAAACAUGGGAGGAAAAAGUUGCUAUAUUCGUCAAGUUGCACUAAUUACUAUUAUGGCCCAGGUUGGUUCCUUUGUACCAGCUUCAUCAGCAACACUUCAUGUUGUUGAUGGAAUUUAUACUCGGAUGGGUGCAUCUGACAGUAUUCAACAAGGAACAAGUACCUUUUAUGAAGAGAUGAAUGAAGCUUCCAGCAUAUUACAGAACUGCUCAUCUCGAUCCCUAGUUAUCAUUGAUGAGCUUGGCCGUGGAACAAGCACACACGAUGGUGUUGCUAUAGCCUACGCUACAUUACACUAUCUCCUGAAAAACAAGAAAUGUAUUGUCAUUUUUGUAACUCACUAUCCAAAGAUUCUUGAUAUCCAGAGUGAAUUUGAAGGUUCUGUUGGGGCAUACCAUGUUUCAUAUCUGUCGACAAGGAAGCUGUUGCAAAUCAGUGAUGAAAUGAUGGGUAAUGGCACAGAAACAGAGGAUCUUGGAGAAAUUACUUUCUUGUAUAAACUUGUUGCUGGAGCUUCAGACAGAAGCUUUGGUCUUAAUGUCGCACUGCUUGCGCAGCUCCCGUUCAGAUGUAUUAAGCGGGCAUCGGUCAUGGCAGCCAAACUGCAAGAAGAGAUGAGUAAGCGCGAUAUAAACAAGCUGGUGAGGUUAAUGGACGAACCAUCCAGUGAUGGACCACGGGAAAGCUCUUCAGAAGUUGGUUUGCUUUGUGCAGAGCCUCACCAGGGGUUGAUGGAAGCAUGCCGCAGGAUACUGCAUGACAUGAGAUCUGCUCAAAGUAAUAACGACAUAACAAAUACACUUUCUUGUUUGAAGAGUGCACAGGAGAUAGCAUCGAAGAUGAUUAAAGGGUAGCAUCCUUCUCAAAUGAUGAAGCACUCUCUCAUUUCUUCCUUACCUUUUUUCUUUUCUUGUUUGGAAUGUAUUUCUUCCUUAACUUGAGGGGGAAUUAUCAGGUAUUGGUACUGUCCCGUUCUGUCCAUCUGUAUUUGCAUAUCUGGCCAUUGAUAGAGCCCCUCAGUCAGCAUUUUCUUACAUGUCACUCAUCGAUAUGUUCCACUUCUGUCGUGGUAGCAUGUUUAUGAGUGUCCUAUAUAAGUAUGUAGAAGGGAGUAUAUAUUUUGUGUUGCAUCGGUA